AGGCCCACUGUUUCCAAUGUAGCUGUUUCACUUUCCGCAUACUGCAGAUUGCAUUCAGACAUGAUAUAUAAUUAAAAAAAAAAGAAACAGCUUUUGUCCAAUACUGAGGUGGUAUACAUUAAAUUACUAGCAUACUUUGUUGUCUGAUGCAGAGCCCUAAGAUAAGAGAAGGAGAAAGUGAAGGAGGAGACGAAAAAUAGAUGGAGGGCCGUGAGCAGGAGCACAAGUCUAGAGUCGUCAAGGUGGAUUCCAAGGAGUCUUGGGAUUUCUACAUGGAGCAAGCCACCAAUCAAGGAUGCCCAGUUGUGGUGCACUUCACUGCUGCGUGGUGCAUGCCCUCUGUGGCCAUGAAUCCUUUCUUUGAGGAACUGGCUUCCACUUUCCAAGAUUUGUUGUUUGUCACGGUUGAUGUGGAUGAGGUUAAGGAGGUGGCGGCUAGUCUGGAGGUGAAGGCCAUGCCCACUUUUGUGCUGAUGAAGGAGGGUAAGCCUGUUGAGAAGCUGGUGGGGGCUAACCCGGAUGAGAUAAGGAAAAGGAUAGAUGGUUUUGUGCAGUCAAUUCGUGUAUAUGUAGCCUAGCCUAAUCUUUAAGAGUUUGUGCUUUAUGAUCUUUGUGAAUUGUGGUAAUCCAGGAUCCUCCACUGGCUAUGCAUAAUGAUGAGCUGGUGAUUGUGGCCUUUGUGUGAAUUGUAUCUCGUACCGUGUAAAUUAUUGCUGUUUGAUAUGAUUUCUAUUUCUGCUUUUA